AUGUCCCUACCGUCGACAUGGCGUCAAUUCCAGCUAUUUGACUUUCUUCCUAUACGAGAUCCGAACUACCAGCUGGAGUUUCCGCUCUUUUCUGAUCCUUCCUUGUCUUCGAUUACAUCUUCGCUGUCCUAUAUCGUGUUCGCUUAUCAAAAUGCUUACAUACGACUUUUGGAUAAACUGCUGUUGCAGCUGGUUCGUCUGUUUUGUGGCUAUGACUUGGACUAUCGCAUAACUUUUAUGAAGCCUUUGCUCCAUCUGAACUUGUUAGUCACUUUGGCAGAAGCCCAAGGACGUCCUGCCAUAAUCAAGGUAUGGGACCUCAACAAGAUCACCCAAUUGAGUCCCAGUACAGUCAAUGACGAUGAUAUAAUGAAGCACAAAUUCAUCACGCAAGUUCUGGUCAAUGAAGGUGAUAAUUCCUACCCAGUUUCUUGCUUCGCCUUUAACGACUCAUUGACUUGCAUUGCAUUGGGAUAUACCAAUGGAAAAGUCAUACUUGUUCGAGGUGACAUGCUUCGGGAUCGAGGAGCAAAGCAGAGGGUUAUCUAUGAAAGCGUUGAUCCUAUCACAGGAAUUCAUUUUAACAGAUUUGAGGAGAUCGUCUACGUGACGACGAUAUCACGCGUCCUUACAGUACUCACCACUGGCAGAAACCAAGGCAAGCCCCACCGUGUGCUUUCAAAAAACCAAGGGGUCGAUUUGGACUGUUCAGAUAUAGAAUACAGGUCUCUGAAAUUGAUUACAGCAAGCACUGAAGACUUGAAGUAUUUCAAUCAUGUGAGCAGGUCCAGUGUGAUAAAUUUCAAUGUUCCUAAGAAGAAGAUUCUACGUCUCUUCAAAGAUUACCUAUUGAUAGUGUGCCCAAUUGAGGAGACGGUCGAAGAUAAAUCAAUUUCGUCAUCUACUAAAACGUUAACGCGUUUGCUUCUCUUGGAUCUCAAGAAUAUGCAUAUAUCUUUCAGUUUGACCAUUCCUAAUCUGACCAUUUCACACGUCUUUGCAUCUAACAACGACAAUAAUGUGCUCUUACUUUCCACGGAUGGUGUAUUGUACAAGCUUCAUGAAAAGCCCAUUAAUCAACAAUUAGAGACCAUCUUACAGAGGGAGUUAUUCAGUAUUGCGCUUAACUUGGCUAAUCAGAACAAUCUCGAUGAUCCGACCAUCUUAAGAAUCUAUAGAUUAUAUGGCGAUCACCUAUACGGUAAAGGAGACUACGAUGGAGCCAUUGACAAAUACAUCCAUUGCCUCCUGCUAUUCAGCAAGGAGACGAACAGACAAAUCGAUGCUGAUGAUGACAACAUGGAUGACUUCAUCAUCAAUGUUAUUAUGGGCUUCAAGCAGGUCUCUAACGUUCAGAACAUGACAAAGUUUUUGGCGGAAUUGCAUCGGUUGGGCCUAGCCGAUAGCGACCAUGUCACUUUAUUGGUUUGUUGCUACUGCAAACUUAGAAUGCCAACUGAAAUUGACAACUUCAUUGAAGAAAUCGACACCGAGAACGAUUCCAAGAAGGACAAAAAAGCAAGACUUGACUACGAUGCAUUGAACUAUCCGCUAUUUAUCAACCUCUUCAAGGAAUGUGGGUAUUAUCAGCAGGUUACACAACUCCUAUUGAAGCUCAACAGGCCGCAUACUAUUGUUGACAUACAACUUAAUGAGUUGGGGCAGUACGACAAGUGUAUCUCAUACAUAAGGUCGCUUCCUGUGGACGAGUUGCUCCGUAUUCUUAUCGACUUUCUGGAAGCGCUUCUUAGGUACAAGCCCAUGGAAACUACUGAGUUAUUGAUCAAUGUUUUCACAGGGCAAUUUAAACCGGAGAAGAGGCAAGAUUUCUUUGAGAACGGUCCCCAGGAAAAAGCUGCGGUAGAAGAGCAGAAUUCUGAUCCGACAAUUUCGUCUUAUGGUGCAUUCUUGAGCUACCUUUCGGGAUCUUCAGACAAGCAUAGUGAACUUAAUGACGAAGAGAUGACUGAGCCCACUUACUUGCCGCCCAGGCCAAGUUUAGUUUUUCAUUGUUUUGUGGGCCAUGAGCGUGAAUUUGUGGUCUUUCUUGAGGCCUGUCUCCAGACAUUUGAUAAGUAUCAAGGCAAUGUGAGUGACAAGCGGGACUUGCUCGUAACAUUGUUUGAGGUCUACCUUUCAAUGGUGACCAAAGAUCCGGAGGAUGCUGCAGAAUGGAAGGAGAAAGCCAAGGACUUAUUGAAGACAAACGCUGAUCUCAUCGACAAAACGAAGGCUUUAUUGGUGUCACAUAUGUAUGACUUUGACGAAGGUGUGGCUGUCAUAAACGAGUCUAGUGAGAACUUUGAAGAAUCGAUAUUCAGAUCAUGUCAAAUGGCCGGGGAUGUCCAUGGAUGCCUUGAUGCUGUACGUAAAUACGGUGAGCAGAAGCCUAACCUAUACAGACUUUUGCUUAAGUUUUUGGGCACGUCUCAGGGAAAAAUUGAAGACCUUUCAACUAAAGAUUUUCAUUUUUUGCUAGAUAAGAUCAAGCAGCAUCGCCUUCUUUCGCCUUUGGAAAUCGUCAAAACGCUCAGCAGUAAUCCAAAUGCGACUGUGGGAAUGGUAAGGGACUACUUGAUCGACCACUUUGAACAGACUAACAAACACAUCAACAACAACGAGAAGCUUAUCCAAUCUUAUGAGCACGAGUCUACCAAGAAUAGUCUCGCCCUUACGGAACUCACUACCAACCCUAUGGUCGCUAACAAUUCCAAAUGCAACGGUUGUGAAUUACAUCUUGAGUUCCCCGUUAUUUACUUCAAAUGCAGACACGCUUACCAUCAACGCUGUUUGAACGAAAACAUCUACAUCCCAGAGUCUUCGGAGAAUGGAGAUAACGAUCCCAAGUGUCCUCUCUGUGUCAACGAUUUGAGUUCCCUGGAGGCCGCUCGCGAAAGACAACUUCAAAUCAAGGAAGAAAGUGAUAUUUUCAAUCAACAACUAAGUGAUGCAGAUGAUAAGUUUAAGGUGAUCUGCGAAUAUAUUGGUAAAGGUGUGAUGGAGUGA